CUCCGGAGCAUGGCGCUCGAAUACUCUUCCUCCGCUUCAAAUACCAUUAUACAUAACGAAUACCAUCCAGGAAAUAUAGAUCAACAAAUGCCUUUGGAAGAAACGCCGAGCUACAAUCCUGACAACACGCUCAUUCAGUUCAAAAUGCGGCCGUUCGUUGUGACUAACAUGAACAAUGGCAACUCUAAUACUCUUGAGACAGUGGCCGCUGUGCGAAGCUCCCUCGAUACUAGCGCAAAAAUUGGCAUUGGAACUGGUGUCGGAGUCGGUGUUCUCAUCUUAAUCGUCACCAUCACAGCCAUUGUCUAUCUUCUCCGACGACUCCGCAUCCAAAAAGCACGAUUAGAAAGAAGCGAGAAGGACCCCUCUCCGGGACGUUCAGAUAAACGUGACUCUUUUCUGGGGAGUCUGGGCAAACAAGAAUUACAAAGUAACUCUCUGAAUGAAUUACAGGAAGCUGAAAUCGGCCAGAUCGAUAGCCGCUCGGUCAUCGGAUCGACUGGGAACCUUGACCGUGGCGUCGGUGAAGCUACUGCCGAGAUGAUAGGAUGUGAAGCUGCUACAAUGGCAGGGAGUCAGACAGUUCACGAGAUGCAGGACAACUUUGUACCUGGAGAAGUCAUUGGAGAUGAAUACUUCCGAAAAUUUGUGUGAGAAACUUGGGCCUGCUGGUUUCUAUGUGUGGGGGGACGGACUGUUUCUGCAAGUUCACUUUUUUCACGUGCUGUAGGAACCCGCGCUCACUCGUAAACACCACGCAAUUGUGUUACCAUUUCAAGAAAGAAUUCAAAGUAGUAGAACAGAAAGUUGAUAUGAUGCGUUCUUUGCAUUUUUCUCUUGAAUGAUAUCUUGUUGGCUUGGGUGCCUCAGAAUCUUGCGAUUUUGGCCGCCAAUAAUGUAGGCAUGCAAGCCAGCAAAUACUCCACUCGCAUGAGCGAUGCCACUCAUUGAUAUCUACAGGUUCUAGGCUGGAAUGU